CGCUGGCAAAGUAGUACAGUAUACCUGGCGUCGAUAGUAGCAUGACCGACCGCGCCACGGACCUGCUCUUGGACAAUGGUCAAGCCAAAUGGAACAUUGUGAAACUGGGCACGCCGUCGCCGAGCUGUAUUAGUCACAAGGUCGUGUUGGAUGCGAUUCGAACCGACUACGCCCCCACAGCCCCCAACUCGCUCGUCGCGCUCCGAAAAGCGCCAGUCAAUGCAAAUCCGUACGCGCAAAGGUUUCCUCACAUUCGAAAGGCCCCUCCUCGGCAUUAUAAUCAUCCCCCCAUAUCAACGUCGUCAUCGCCAUCGCCCGAGAAAUCCAAGCCACGACAGACGCAUUCGCCCACGACCCAAGCAAACUUGUUACCCCCUAGACCUUCUACUACCCCCGGGACCACGUCGUUGCCCCCUGCCACCACUGCAGCGCCGAUGACAUUUCAUGAACUCGAGAUCAUCGCGCCCAGAUCCCCCAAGCCUCGCAAACAUCCCACCAAAGCCCCGUUAUCCCUACCAAAACCAUCGUGCUCCAACUCAAUUUCAAAUUGGAAUCACACCCCGCUGGCUGCCGCCCCGCGAUUUGUACCAGGGCUGCGCUCUGACGACUUAAAAGCCAGUCGCCAACUCGCUCGACAACGACAGAACUUGGACGCGACAGCCCACCGACUGAGCAAACACGAACGGAGUGGCCCCACACUUGCAAGCACCCUCAACGACGAACAAUUCAACGCUGACAUGGUCACAAUCACGACCCUAGCCCAAGAUUACGCCACUCUCGGCGACACGACCACGGCGUGGAGGUACCGUGGGUUUGGACUUCGAGCCCUCGGCGACCGGCACAUGCAUUUGUUUGUAAAGAACGUGACGCUGCAGUUCUACAGCGAUGCCGUUGAAGACUUCACCCGGGCAUGUGUCCAAUUUGAAGCGUUGGCGCAAUGGCAUGUGCAAUCUCGCGUCGGUCGGGGCGACGAUGUGCACCAUCACAUCCUGGCCGACGACGAACGGUUGCUCUUGCUUCGCCUCGACCCCACGCACGUGGUGCAGUCGUUUGCAGCCCAUGCCGCGACUACGUCCCUCAAACACGCGUACUUUGCAGUGUCCGAAGCCAAGACCAGCCACACCGGCGUCAGCAUGCACAUUCGGGUGGCGUGCGAGAUGCUUUCGAUCGCGUACACAGCGUUUGCAUGGCUGGACCUGGACACGGUGCACUUGGGGUUCGUGCACUCAAGUAUCGACGCAGCACAGCACCGCGCAAACUUACGCGCGGCCUUGUCGCAUGUGGCCCUCGAACGACAUGCCGCCCUCGAGUCCGAGUGGGCGCGGCACCGCCAGGACUUUAACAAGCAAGCCGAGAGCUUUCUCAACAUCUGCAAGCAAGCUGAGUCGCUUCGCAUCGCACCCAAGGACAGUGUAAGUGUCCUAUCGACCACAGUGGCGGCGUCCAACGUGGAAAAGCGAGCCAUGGCCGCCGUUGUACAGGUCAUGCAUAGUACGGGGGGUAACUUCGUCGUCCGUAGCCACCGAAAACACGUGAAAGAUACGGAACAGGUCAAGAAACUAUCGAAGAAAUCCAACCGUCGCCCCGUGACGCCCUCUCAGACUGCCACGUCGUCGAGUAGAGAUGUCGCGCUGAUCACGCUCUUGGCGGACAAACGAUCUCAGGCCCAAAAGGCGAUAUUCGAUGAAGAUGUCGUGUUUGCGUGCGCAACGGCUGCGACCACCGCGACCGCCAGGGCCUACGAAGCGGCGGAUCGAGAGCGGCAGGCGUGGGCAACUACAAGGCUAGAGUGUGAUGCCAUGGACGAGGAAUGCAUGCUGUCUUUGGCGGUCGAAAUGAAGGGCGAAAGGUGUACGUCGACGCGACAGGAUGGCGUUUCGCGGUAUGUGCUAGGCGUGAUGGGCACUGCAGUACGACGCGUGAUUCGGCAAGUUCUUCAACGAGGGGCAGCUAUCGAAGUCAACGAUGUGGAGGAUACAAUAUCCUCGCUGGAAAAGGAAGCAAAGGAAUAUGCAUUGGUGAAAGCGUUCUUUGCAUCCGAUAUUGAAGCGCAACGAGAGGCCCUAGCCCAUGAAAUCGAAGCGUGCAAGGCCAUGUAUGCCAAGCGCGUGAUCGACGGCGACGAACAUGCCCGGAAGCUGUGUCUGAAGCUCCAUGAACUGGCGAUCGCUGAAGAAGCCAUGGAGGAUUUGGUCUACGAAUCACUGGAGAAGGAAGAGGUCGUGGUGAUUCGGUACCAUCAGCCGUCGUCCAUGUCGCCGCAAGUUUGGGAAGCAUGGGGAGCCGACCCCGAGGAUAAUGUAUGAAGGCUAAAGUAGGUAUGCUUCUUCAUUCUAAUCUAUUAAGCGCAAUUUAGCA